AUGGCGGAUAUCGUGAAACAAAUCUUAGUGAGACCAAUUCAAUUAGCAGAUCAGAUAACAAAAGCCGCCGACGAGGCUUACUCCUUCCGACAAGAAUGUCUAGAGGUCAAAGCCAAAACCGAAAAGCUCGCCGGUCUCCUCCGUCAAGCAGCGCGUGCGAGCAACGACCUCUACGAACGUCCCACGCGCCGCAUCAUCGACGACACGGAGCAAGUCCUCUUCAAAGCCAUAGCCCUCGUCGAGAAAUGCCGCGCCACGGGGCUGAUGAAACGUCUCUUCACCAUCAUCCCCGCGGCCGCGUUUCGAAAGAUCACGAUGCAGUUGGAGAAUUCGCUCGGAGACGUCUCUUGGCUCCUCCGUGUCUCCGCCUCGGGGGACGACCGUGACGAUGAGUACUUAGGUGGUCUCCCUCCUAUAGCUGCAAACGAGCCUAUCCUCUGUUUGAUUUGGGAACAAGUCGCUAUCCUCAUCACAGGCUCCGUGGAUGACCGUUCCGACGCGGCGGCUUCGCUCGUGUCGCUCGCACGUGACAAUGAUCGAUACGGGAGGUUGAUUAUUGAAGAAGGUGGGGUGCCUCCGUUGCUGAAACUUGUUAAAGAAGGGAAACUUGAGGGGCAAGAAAACGCGGCGCGGGCCAUUGGUUUAUUAGGGCGAGACCCGGAGAGCGUUGAGCAGAUUGUUAACUCAGGUGUGUGUCAAGUCUUUGCUAAGAUUCUUAAAGAAGGUCAUAUGAAAGUUCAGACCGUUGUUGCAUGGGCUGUGUCUGAACUAGCGUCUAAUCAUCCGAAAUGUCAAGACCAUUUCGCUCAGAACAACAUCAUUCGUUUCCUAGUGAGCCAUCUCGCUUUCGAGACGGUUCAGGAGCAUAGCAAAUACGCUAUCGUGAGUAACAAGCAGACAUUGUCUUCUAUCCACACGGUUGUGAUGGCUAGCAACACGAACCCGAGUGAGAAGAGCCACGAGCAUGACGAGACAAAAAGUAAUAUUACACAUCCUAUGAGUAACCAGACACCGAGUCAGAUGCAUAGUUUGGUUGCAAACACAUUUGCAAUAAAGGGUUCAGGUUCAGGUUCGGGUAGUAACAAGAAUCAGACGAAACAAAGUAAUCAACAACACCAGCAUCAUACAAAAGGUGGUCCAACACCAAGAGGGAACAACAAUCCAACACAUGUUUCUUUGAUAGGGACAAGCAUUAAAGGAAGAGAGUAUGAAGAUCCAGAAACCAAAGCUCAGAUGAAAGCAAUGGCUGCAAGAGCAUUGUGGCAACUCUCAAGAGGGAAUCUCCAAAUAUGUAGAAGCAUAACAGAGUCAAGAGCACUGCUCUGUUUCGCGGUUUUGUUAGAGAAAGGAGACGAGGAAGUCAAGUCAUAUUCUGCAUUAGCAAUGAUGGAGAUCACCGACGUUGCUGAGCAAUACUCGGAGCUAAGACGUUCUGCUUUCAAACCAACCUCUCCUGCUGCUAAAGCUGUGGUUGAACAGCUGCUAAAAGUUAUCGAAAACGAAGUACCGGACCUUCUAAUCCCAUGUAUCAAAUCAAUAGGUUGUCUUUCAAGAACGUUCCGUGCAACUGAAACAAGAAUUAUAGCACCACUUGUGAAGCUUCUUGAUGAAAGAGAAGCUGAGGUUUCAAUGGAAGCAGCCGUGGCGCUUAUUAAAUUCGCAUGUACUGAGAACUUCCUUAGAGAUAACCACUCUAAGGCCAUCAUAGCAGCAGGAGGUGCAAAGCAUUUGAUUCAGCUGGUGUACUUUGGUGAACAGAUGGUUCAAGUCCCAGCUUUGGUACUACUUUGUUACAUUGCAUUGAAUGUACCAGACAGUGAGACUCUAGCGCAAGAAGAGGUUCUUGUAGUGCUUGAGUGGUCGACUAAGCAAUCUCAUUUGGUGGACGCACCGACCAUUGAUGAGAUUUUGCCAGAAGCAAAGAGUAGAUUGGAACUUUAUCAAUCUAGAGGGUCAAGAGGAUUUCAUUGA